UCAGUAGAGGAAGAAACCAGAGACGUCACAGAGAUGCAAGCAGCAGUAGCUAGCUGCCUGACCACUAAUCACACAUAAACUACCUACUACGAGCUAACCGUGCUGCGUUCUACAUGCUUCAUCUUUGAUUUAGCGAAAAUUCAAAUUUGUAUACCAGACUUCAACCGAAUAGCGAUUUAACAAACUGGCUGCACGAGGGAUCGUUUUACGGUUCCUAAUAUUUGUUGCACCCCUCGUCUUGCAUCCUGCUGGCAGCCUAUUUUAGCGAGCAAGAACACUCUACCUUGGCUAGCGUUAAGCUAGCCAGCUAGCUAGCUACUCCUGUCGCUAACGUUGGUUAGCUAGCUAGCGAGCUGUGCUAACUUGCGUCAUGGAUGAACUACUAGUGGAAGUGAGGGGAACAAGUGGUGCCUUUUAUAAGGCAUUUGUGAAGGAUGUCCAUGAAGGUUCAAUUACAGUUGCAUUUGAAAACAAUUGGCAGCCAGAGCGCCAGAUCCCAUUCCAGGAUGUGCGAUUUCCUCCUCCAACAGGGUUCUGUAAAGAGAUAAAUGAGAGUGAUGAGGUUGAGGUGUAUUCCAGGGCGAAUGACAAGGAGCCAUGUGGAUGGUGGCUGGCCAAAGUUCGCAUGGUCAAAGGAGAGUUUUAUGUUAUAGAGUAUGCUGCAUGUGACGCGACAUUAAACGAGAUUGUCACGCUGGAGCGGUUACGACCGAUCAAUCCCAACAAACCAGCCACCAAAACUACCUUCCUCAAGAUCAGACUCGAUGUCCCUGAUGAUCUACGACAGAUGUGCUCUAAGGAAUCGGCGCACAAAGAUUUCAAGAAGGCUGUGGGAGCGUUCAGUGUCAUCUAUGACUCUGAGAAGAAGCAGCUGGUCAUCUUGUCGGUGAAUGAGGUCACAGCGAAGCGGGCCAACAUGAUGAGUGACAUGCACUUCAGGAGCCUCCGCACCAAACUGUCUCUCAUGUUGAGAAAUGAAGAGGCCAGCAGACAACUGGAGAGUUCCCGACAACUGGCAUCACGGUUCCAUGAACAAUUUGUAGUGCGUGAUGAUUUAAUGGGACUGGCCAUUGGGACUCAUGGGGCCAACAUUCAGCAAGCGCGUAAAGUCCCUGGAGUCACUAAUAUAGACCUGGAUGAAGAGACAUGCACCUUCCAUAUUUAUGGAGAGGACCAGGAAGCUGUCCGUAUUGCUCGCAGUUUCCUGGAGUUUUCCGAAGAUAUCAUCAAAGUUCCCCGGAACUUAGUAGGCAAAGUGAUUGGGAAGAGUGGUAAACUGAUCCAAGAAGUGGUUGAUAAGUCUGGUGUGGUGCGGGUUCGUAUUGAACCAGAAAAUGACAAAAAGCCUUCGGUGGCAUCCUCAUCAGCGGCAGCGGCAGUCUCAGCAACGGAUGAUGGAAUGGUGCCCUUUGUAUUUGUGGGGACCAAGGAAAGCAUCUCAAAUGCAACGGUAUUGCUGGACUAUCACCUCAACUACCUUAAGGAGGUGGACCAACUUCGUUUGGAGCGUCUCCAGAUUGACGAACAGCUGAGACAGAUAGGAGGCGGCGGCGGUGCAGGAGGAACGGGGCCACGAAAUCUUAAAGACAAAAGCUACGUGUUUGAUAAUGGCGCGGGCCUUGGAAGAGGAACAGGAGGAGGGAAACCUUAUGGGGGAGGAGGAAGAGGUGCUCGAGGGCGAAGAGGCGGCGGUGCCGCUUUUGCCUCAGGUACGAACUCAGAGGCAUCCAAUGCUUCAGAAACUGAGUCAGACCACCGGGACGAGCUCAGCGAUUGGUCCCUGGCUCCCACAGAAGAGCUAAUGACAGGAGGUGGGACAUUACCAAGAAGGACAGAUGGAAGGAGGAGACCGGGUGGGGCAGGACUUCGAGGGCGAGGUGGAAGAGGAAGAGGAGCAUAUAAAGGUGACGAUGUGCAGUGGAGCGACCCAAGGCCUCGUCAUAUUAGAGAGCCCAAGACAAGAGCACAGGAAGACACCUUACAGAUUCGCGUGGAUGGGAACAACGAACGUAGUGUGCAGCAUGGAGGGAGAGGUGGAGGGCCUUCAUCACAGGGUGGGCACAGUGCCGGCGGCGACGGCCCACUACGCCACCAGCAGCGGCCCGUUAGAGACCGAGGAAUGAAGAAAGAGAAGCAGGACGCUCCCCCUCUGGUGAAUGGAGUGUCGUAGAUUGAUCACUGGAGGACCUUCUCACAUUCAGAAAUGAACCCACACUCUACUCUUCAUACACAAAUAACCGCUCAUUAACUAUCCACAGAUUUUCUCCAUCCCCCCCCCCCCCCCUUUUCCGUUUUUUCAAUUGCUACAUUAGACAGGAACUUCCAUCAGCAUGCAACUCUGUAGGGUGUAAUUGUAGUGUGAAGGGCGCUGCCAGUGUGCUACAUCUGUGUACUCCUCAGUGUAGUACAGCGAGCUGGCCUGGGACCGAAAAGAUGUACAGUAUAGUAAGAAAGCAAGUUUCAAGUUUCUUAAUGUAAAAGAAGGCUCUUGUCCAGCAAAUUCAUACUUCAAUCUCAAAACGCAUCCGACGUUCAAUUACAUGUAUCACUUUUCUCCAUUAGCUUGCAAAGCAACUUGGAUGCUGCACAUGCUAUCCUUCACUUUAUACCGUGAGGUUUCAAACUUGACCUUCGACUUGCUCCGUUUGUGUUUUGAAACUGCUCCUUUAACCAACAUGGUUAGGGUACAGUGAGUUCAAGCCGUGACAGGAGUGCUGGUAGCACUUUGGCCCAAACAAUGUGUAGUCCAUAACCCUAGAAAUGGCAAGAUGACAAAGCAUGUGUGCAAAGUCACCAGCUAGGGCAAGGUGACACGGGUGGGCAACACCAUCAAUACCAUUUUGUCAACAAAUAAUAAUAAUAAUAGUGAGGCGCACUCAGUUUAAACCCUAACCCAAGUACUUUAUAUCAAAGAAAAAACUAAUUGAAUUAAAGGAGAUGUUCUUUACAAUUUAAUGUAUAGCAAAUUCAACAAAAACGAUUGUGCAUUUGUAGUCAUGACCCAACGCUUACAGCUUUUAAGGACCAUGGUUCUCCCAGUAAGUUCUUAUGGAAGAAAAUGGUGCCUGUAAUGCAGUGCUACUUCUCUGGCUGGCUGGCUGACUGAUCACAUUCAACUUUCAGUCAUUCUGUUCCUGUGAUAUCUUUUAUAAAUCAUGUCCUGUUCUGGAAUCCUGCAGCCUGCAAUUUUGCUUCUUGGUGUGUUUUGGUGACUCAAGUGGAGCUCCAUUACUUGCAUUUAAAUAAAAAAAAAAAAAACGAAAAAAAAAAACGCGUACCUGUCACUGAAAGAGUAACCUAAUGGAUUUAAGGCAGAGCAUAAAAUUCAUGUGGCUCAUCGUGUUGAGUCAAAUCUACAACCCCUCUAAGGCUGAUUCUUUCUGGCCUUUUUUUUUAUUUUUUAAUGAACCCCUGACUGAUUUGUAAUUUUGUUUCAGCUUUUUAGGUCCGUGCAACACACUUGUGUGCCACACUCUAAAUAUAUACAAAUCUCGCACUCACAAGUUAGUUUCUGAGGCCAGUAGUCCUUUCAAUUGUGCUUGCUUUUACACAAGUGUGAAUUAAUUGUGAUUCUUUUUCACUAACCUUUAGAUGUCACACUGCAGCCAGGCUGCGUUUGUAAAGUUAGCAUUUCCUACAAUACAUCAACAACGUGGUUUGAGUACAAUUAACCGUUUUACUUUCCAUAAACAUCAACAGAAUGAAGUUGUUUUGUGUUUAAAAAAAAAAAAAAAAAAACGAGAGGGUGGCAUACUGUAUAUAAUGAUGUCAUAAUUUGUUUGGAGGAAGGAAUUGUACUGUUUCAAAUGUGCACUUAUCGUUAUUUUCUUUCUUUUGUUGCUGUUUGAUAUCAGUUAAAUGCUAGCUCUCCUGUUAAUAAACUUGCUGUUAAAAAAGUAUGCUCCAUAGCACAUUAAUAGUGAGUGACAUUGAUAGUGAAUGUCCAUAGCACUGCUACAGAAGUCCAAAACUAAUGUUAUUACACAGAGGAAGAAUUUCAUGUGAAAUCAGUACAUAAUUGUUGUAUACUGUAGUGUCUCAAGGAAGAAAACUAUUACUGCAGUCCAAUUGCCAUUUUCCAUAAUACAGUGCCCUAAAAUUAGAUUGACGUGCAAUUGUCACAGUGUUUUAGGUGUACAGUAGGUUUUUCAUUUAAAAUAAAUGAAGGGCUUGACGUUUUCGGCGAUAGUCGAGGAAAAAAAAAAUACAUUGAACCUGCUUUCAAUUUUUAACCUUUGACAAAUGAGACCAGAUUAUCUUUUUAAGUUUGCGUUCCUGAAUUUAAUCUUGUCAUACACAUCAAAUCCUUUCAUUUGUUAUGUUCUCAUAUGCACAAAAUCCUUGGUGUAUCAUUUAAGAUAGCUAAUGGAGAAAUUACAAAUCUUGACCAAUUUAAAAAAAAAAAAAAAAAAAAAAAAAAACACUUUUACUAAAUGUUGAGCCCGAAUCAAAUAAUUGUGAAAGUGUAUCUCUUCUUUUCUGGUUGUUCCAGUGUAGAAACCACAAGUAUCUGUCCAUUUUGUCAUUUAUCAACCAGGAGAAUAUUAUAGUUCAUUCUAACAAAACAAUUUUUUUUUUUUUAAUAUAUAUAUAUUAUACACACCCCCAGGAGUAGUAAAAGGGAGCAUUAGGCUGAGAUGCUAUUACUGUUAAAUUGGAUACAAGUUCCAGUUUAGAAAAAUAAAAUGAACCAGUUUAAAAAUUGAAGUCAACCUUUCAACAACAAGGACUUGUGUGCAUUGUUGUGUUAAUAGCGGUUAAUACUAACAAAUGGUGUUGCAAAAAUCCAAGUUUGUACUAUAAUAGAAAAUGUGCAUUGAGGAGCUGGGAAACUGUUGCAUGCUGCCCAUGUGGAAUCGAUGCGAUGGAAUUAUCUGUGCUGAUGAACGUGUCAUCCUUCUAACACAAGAAACAGACAAAAUAGAAACAAAACUCUUGAGAUGAGUUCCUGUGACCAUGGCCAACUGAAAGAAUUUUAGAAAGGAAUACUAACAAUCACAACUCAAUUUUACAAAAAGUUUGGAAAUGCAAGGCGAUUUGUCUUUUGGUUCAUGUGUUGAUUGAGUAGGCUCUGUGAAAUCAGCUUCGCUGUACUAAAACACGACUUCAAAAACUGUUUGGAUUGAACCCUUUGAAGGCUUUCCCCGCUGAAAUGUGUUAAUUCACAGAAUGAAUGUUGUACGUACGUAAUUUUUUCCUUUAUGACUAAUACCUCUCCCUCAGUGACAGCUUGGAUCAUGUUCUGUCUGUCCCCUUCUAAUAAAACGAAUGCGAAUAUUUUCACUGGACUAUUAACUUGAUGUGACUUUUAUCAUGGGGGAAAUGUUGGUGCUAGAUUUUCCAUGAAUGUUAAAUUGAGUUGAUGGUCUAAACAGGAUUGAACAUGGUCGUUUAAAACCUUUAAUAAUUUGUAUGCGUGUAGGUGGUGUCUACCCGCUAGCUGUGUCUCCUAAUCUGAACAUUCUGAGGAGUGCCAUUUUCCCCCAUGCCACACAAUCUCAGAAGAUGAAUGUUAGUUACGGUUUUAGGAACUAAAUAUAAAAAUAUCUGUGAUUUAAAUGUGUGAUUUUGCUUAUUUUAAAAUGACAGUAUAACAGAUAAGAUUGGUAAUAUUGCAUCAAGAACCUGACUUGCAUCCCUCACUCAGCAUUUCAAUCCAUUUGGGAUUGCAACAUGUUUUCAACCGAAGAUGACCAACUUUGACUUUUUCUUGAUUGCCACUCCGCGGCAAAUGUUUCUGCUCUUAUUCCAGAACAAAUGUUAAUGUGA